AUGAUAAACUCCAAAAGACAAAGGCUCAAAAGGCCGACUCUUCUUUCUCGGACUCGCCCACCAACAAUCAAGCCAGGACACGCAAGCCUCUCGUCGAAAGCGACCCGAAACCUCAUUCGCUCACAUCACAGACUACUCAAAGCACGAAAGCAGGCUUCGCAGACCGGCGAUGCAGCCUCAGUGGCUAAAAUUGAUGCCCAGAUCGAAGAAAACGGUGGUUUGGAAAGCUACCAACUUGCGAGCAAGCUGGGCCAGUCGUCCACUCGCGGUGGUGAUUCCAGCAAACUUUUGGUUGACUGGCUAGCCCCCCGAUUACAGCCACUGGAAGGCAAACAUUACAAAUAUCGUGUGCUCGAAGUUGGAGCGCUUAGCACGAAAAAUGCCUGUUCCUUGAACCAAUCGCUUGAAGUCACUAGGAUCGAUCUGAAUUCUCAGGAGGCAGGCAUUUCGAAGCAAGAUUUUAUGGAAAGGCCUCUUCCAGAACACGUGGGCGACCAAUUUCAUGUUAUCAGUCUCUCUCUAGUCCUCAAUUAUGUACCGGAUGCCCUCGUCAGAGGUGAAAUGUUGAAGCGCUGCACAUCUUUUCUGGUCAAAUCGCCACCAUCUGGUCUUUCUCAAGGAGCAUGCUCUUGCUUGUUUCUCGUUCUGCCAGCCGCCUGCGUCUAUAAUUCUCGCUACCUCACGGAAGCCCGGCUGUACGAUAUAAUGUCAAGCAUGGGGUUUAUUCUGUCAAACAGCAAGAAAACUCAUAAACUUAUCUACCAACUCUGGGAAUAUACUGGUGAUUCCAACCCCAGGUCUUUCGCCAAGGAAAUGCUGAAUCCUGGCAAGAUCAGGAACAAUUUCACCAUCAUUGUCAAAUGA